AUGACUUGUGGGGCUCCCUGUGAUGACACCCCGUGCUCAGGCAUCCGCCUCCCUGAUCGGCUCUUUGUCCUGGGUAUCGGCUUCUUCUCACUCUGCUUCCUGAUGACAUCUUUGGGAGGCCAGCUCUCUGCCCGGCGCCCGGGGGACUCCCCCUUCACCAUCCGCACAGAAGAUGAGGACAGCGGGGGCUCGGAGGAGUCACAUGACGUGCUGCCGGGCCACCGCCCCAGUCAGCAGCCAGGAUUCAGACCCUCCCUGCGGGGUGUGAGCUGCUGGAACUUCCAACAGAGACCUGCUGUCGUGACUCUCCAGCUGUGCCCCGGGCCAGGAAGGCGGCCCCCGGGGGCGGGCAGCUGUCACCGCUGUGCCUCCCCGGGCGGACAGAUCCCCCGAGAGGAGCCCAGGUUUCCCCCGGGGGCCGGCCUCAUGGAGCGGAUCCAGGCCAUCGCCCAGAACGUCUCAGACAUCGCCGUGAAGGUGGACCAGAUCCUGCGUCACAGCCUGAUUCUCCACAGCAAGGUGUCUGAAGGCCGGCGGGACCAGUGUGAGGCACCCAGUGACCCCAAGUUCCCCGACUGCUCAGGGAAGGUGGAGUGGAUGCGCGCCCGCUGGACCUCUGACCCUUGCUACGCCUUCUUCGGGGUGGACGGCACCGAGUGUUCCUUCCUCAUCUACCUAAGCGAGGUCGAGUGGUUCUGCCCCCCGCUGCCUUGGAGGAAUCAGACAGCCACCCAGAUGGCCCCCAAGUCCCUCCCCAAAGUCCAGGCAGUUUUCCGGAGCAACCUGUCCCACCUCCUGGAGCUGAUGGGCAGUGGGAAGGAGUCUCUAAUCUUCAUGAAGAAACGGACCAAGCGGCUCACGGCCCAGUGGGCACUGGCCGCCCAGCGGCUGGCACAGAAGCUGGGAAGCGUCUGGAGGGACCAGAAGCAGAUCCUCGUUCAUAUCGGCUUCCUGACGGAGGAGUCUGGUGACGUGUUCAGCCCAAGGGUGCUGAAGGGCGGGCCUCUGGGGGAGAUGGUGCAGUGGGCAGACAUCUUGGCCACUCUCUAUGUCCUGGGCCAUGGCCUGCGGAUCACAGUGUCCCUGAAGGAGCUGCAGAGUAACUUAGGGGUGCCGCCAGGCCGGGGGAACUGCCCGCUCACCAUGCCCCUGCCUUUUGACCUCAUCUACACUGACUACCACGGCCUGCAGCAGAUGAAGCAGCAUAUGGGAUUAUCCUUCAAGAAGUACAGAUGCCGAAUCCGGGUCAUUGACACCUUCGGGACAGAACCCGCAUACAACCAUGAGGAAUACGCCACAUUGCACGGAUACCGGACCAACUGGGGCUACUGGAACCUCAACCCCAAGCAGUUCAUGACCAUGUUCCCUCACACCCCGGACAACUCCUUCAUGGGCUUCGUGUCCGAGGAGCUCAACGAGACGGAGAAGCAGCUCAUCAGAGGCGGCAAGGCCAGCAACAUGGCUGUGGUGUAUGGCAAGGAGGCGAGUAUCUGGAAGCUCCAGGGGAAGGACAAGUUUCUGGGCGUCCUGAACAAGUACAUGGAGAUCCACGGCACGGUGUACUAUGAGAGCCAGCGGCCCCCCGAGGUCCCGGCCUUCGUGAAGAACCACGGUCUCUUGCCACAGCCUGAGUUCCAGCAGCUGCUGCGCAAGGCCAAGCUCUUCAUAGGGUUCGGCUUCCCCUACGAGGGCCCUGCCCCGCUGGAGGCCAUCGCCAACGGCUGCGUCUUCCUACAGGCCCGCUUUAGCCCGCCCCACAGCUCCCUCAACCACGAGUUUUUCCGAGGCAAGCCCACCUCCAGAGAGCUGUUCUCCCAGCACCCCUACGCAGAGAACUUCAUUGGCAAACCCCACGUGUGGACCGUCGACUACAACAACUCGGAGGAGUUUGAAGCGGCCAUCAAGGCCAUCAUGAGAACCCAGCCCUCAGGGCUUGGGGGCAAGGUGCAGACAGAGGCCACACGCUAUCGGUCUGAAAAGUUCCGCUGCCCGGCUGGGCCCUAG